AUAUAUAAUUUGCGAUUCUCGUAGUCCGUUGCUCAGUACGAGAAAAGUUUUCGAAAUGGGCAUAGGUGAAAUUAUUGCUGGCGUCCCACUGAUCCUGUGUUUGAUAGGCGUGGCCCUUGGCCUACCCACAAUAACAACCACAACUGACUCAUCGUCAGCCGCUAAAAUCACAACCCAGCCAGUUGAAACAUCUACAACCUUAUCAGAUGUGAAGGGUCAAUGCCAGUCUGCAUGGCAAAAGUUCCUGAUCGAUUUUAAAAUAAAGUACGAGAACGAAUUCGAAAGACAAAAGCGAAACAAAAUCUUUUGCCAAAAUUGGCAAAACAUUCGAGAUCACAAUUUGCAAUACGAGUCGGGACAUCAGAGUUUCAAGAAGGGUUUAAACCAGUGGAGUGAUCUUACCACUGAAGAAUGGAAAGAGAAACAACGGCCAAGGCUAAAUCCCGAAAUUUCCGGGGCUGAAAUCACUACAGGAGUAUCUGAGGACGUGAGAGAUGAAGUUAAGUGUCGGGGUGCCUGGGAAAAGUUCCUGAUUGACUUUAGAGCGCAUUAUCAAGAUAGCACUGAAACCGAGAAACGUCGAAAUAUCUUCUGCGGCAACUGGAAGGCCAUUCAGGAACACAAUGUGAAAUACGAACUCGGUGAGGAGUCCUUUAAGAAGGGCAUAAAUCAGUGGAGUGAUCUUACGAUCGAAGAGUGGAAAAAUAAACAACGACCCAUUCUUGCUCCUGAGUUUGAGGAUGCUGAAGACUACAUUAAAUGCCAAGAUGCCUGGAAAAAGUUUCUGAUUGACUUUGAAAAGAAAUAUCAUGAUGCUGCUGAAGUGGAGAAUCGUCGAAAUAUAUUCUGCACUAACUGGAAGGCGAUUCAGGAACACAAUGUGAGAUACGAAUUGGGUACCAUAUCCUUUAAGAAGGGCAUAAAUCAGUGGAGUGAUCUUACCUUUGAAGAGUGGAAAAACAAGCAACGACCCCUUCCUUUAGGACAAACCACUAAAUAA